AUGGGACACCGCGUCACCCGACACCGCCGGCUCUUCUCCCUGGCCACGUGGGCACUGGCCAACGCGCUGCAGCUGCACGCCUUCCCGGAACCGGGCAGUGCCGUGCACGCUGCGCUCGUGGUGCGCGGGCACCAUGCGCCCGUCCUCGCCGCCUUCCGCGUGGAUGGCAGCUGGCACCAUGUGUGUGCAACGUGGGAACAGCGCGGUGGGCGCUGGGCGCUGUUCGCCAACGGGCGGAGGCGCGCCAGUGCGCGGGGACUGGGAACGGACCACCGGCUGCAUCGGGCACGAGCCUGCGCGCUGCCCCUCAGCGGCCUGCGUUUCCGCUGGGACCUGGGCGCCCUGGACAUCACACCCUCGCUGCUGCCACCAGUGCGGUGUCCUCAGAGGAGUGCCCAACGUGGGACCCACACCGAGGGCUCUUUGCCCUGCCUGCAGCUGUGGCCCUUCCUCUGCUGCUACCUGACAACCUAUCUCAAGAGCCCUUCUGUUCCCUACCCUCCACCAGCCCAGACACAGGGGGCUCCUGGGCCACCACUGGCUGCUCCUGUGGCUGCCCUGCACCACAACUCUACCAUCUGCUUCUGCAACCAUAGCACCAACUUUGCCAUCCUGUUGCAGGUGUACGACGUCCAGCGAACCACGGUCUACAAGAACCACUUCUGCCUGGCCUCCACCAAGGGUCUCCUCGUGGCCAGCAAAUGGGCAAAGGCCAACAAGGUGGGGGCGUGUGUGGCCGUCACAGCUGCCAUGCGCCUCCUCUUUUUGGUUGCAUUCUCCUGGAUGUUGGGAGGACUACUGCUGUGAAGCAAAGUGGUGGCCGUGAGCAUGUGCCCGGGCCCCAGGAUGACACUCUCCUAUGCCACAGGCUGGGGCAUGCCUGUGGCCAUCGUGGCCAUCACCCUGGCCAUGUCCCACCAUGACUACGUGGCCACUGGACACUGCUGGCUCAGUGUUCACACAGAUACCAUCUGGGCCUUGUGUGGCCCGUGCACUUUGUGUCUCCAGGCCAAUGGCAUCCUGGUCCAUGUGGUGACGGUCACCAUGUCCAGUGCCCGCCGCUGUGCCCGCAUGCUGAACCCACAGCCCUGCCUGCAACAGCAGAUCAGAAUCCAGGGAUGGGCCACGGCGAAGCCGGCGCUGGCCCUCCUUUCUGUCCUGGGCCUGACGUGGCUGGUCGGCCUGCUGCACCUCAGCCUAGCCUGGGCCUAUGCCGCCAUGGGCCUCAAUUCCUUUCAGGGGCCGUCCAUCUUCCUGUCCUACACUGCCUACAAUGGGGAGGCGCAGUGCGUCUGUGGGAACAAGAGAGCGGCAGCAGCGCCUCCGCGUUCAAGUGACAACGCCUUUGUCUCUGCUGAAUGGGUGGCCUGA